GACCAGGGCACCGCCCGGAAGAACUAUUAUUCCCAGCGUGCCCUGCGGCUACGGGGCAAUAGGAAGGCCAGAAAGGCAUUGUUCUGUGUCAAGCUGGGUAGAGACGGGAGGGUCCCGCGGAGGAUGGAGGAAAAGCUCCCCACCGGCAUCAAGCCCUACCUGGACAAGCUCACCUUGGGCGUCACAAGGAUACUGGAGACUUCCCCAGGAGUUGCUGAAGUGAAUUUUGUGGAAAAGGAGCCAGCUGAACGCCACACAAUCGUCUCUUGGGAGCAAGUGAAGUGGUGCAGCCCUUGGGCAAGUCAGGAUACACAGAUUGUGGAACCUCCAUCAUGGGACACUCUCCUGAGUUUUGAGAAAAACUCCUGUGUAUUACCUGAGGAUUUAAAGAACUUCUAUCUGAUGACUGAUGGCUUCCAGAUGACCUGGAGUGUGAAGACUGAUGAUACCCCGAUGCCCCUGGGCUCCAUGGUGAUUAACAGCAUCUCGAAGCUGUGUCGGCUUGGGGGUUCCUCUAUGUACACUCUGCCUAGCGCUCCAACUCUAGCUGACCUGGAAGAUGACACAGACGAGGAAGGUAAUGGAGACAAACCAGAGAAGCCACACUUUGAUUCUCGUAGUCUUAUCUUUGAAUUAGACCCAUGCAAUGGGAAUGGGAAAGUCUGUCUGGUUUAUAAGCAUGCUGAACCAGUGGUCUCCCCAGACACAGAGAUCUGGUUCCUGGACAGAGCUCUGUAUUGGCAUUUCCUCACCAAAACCUUCACAGCCUACUACCGCCUGCUCAUCACCCACCUGGGUCUCCCACAGUGGCAGUAUGCCUUCACCAGCUAUGGGGUCAGCCCACAGGCCAAGCAAUGGUUUAACAUGUAUAAACCCAUAACCAUCAACACAGCACUCCUGUCUGAAGAAGCUGAUUCGUUUGUGAACAAGCUGGACCCCAACAAGGUAUUUAAAAGCAAGAACAAAACUCCAGUGCUCAAGAAAAAACAACUUUCACAGCCACCAGGCUCCCAAAAGAGUCACACAAGCAUGCCCUCUGCCAAGACAUCCUCACUAGCUGGGAAUUCUUCAAGGAAGUGAGCCUGCCAGAUCUGACCCUGGACGACAUUUGCAAUAAUCUUUGAUGUUUUCUGCUGCAGAGUCUCUGUGGUUCAGACCAAGUUCCUUGUGCAUGAAUAGAUGUGCCCAUGGAAAACAUGUUGCAGCACUUGCAUGAAAUAUAGCCACAAUGUGGAUGUAGUUCCUGGAGCUCUUAAAAAAAUUGGUACAUCGGUUUUAUUCCCUUCUGCUACUUGCAGCAUGUACUUUUCAGAGGGCAUGAAGAAACUUUUGAUGUCACUGCUCCAUAGGGAAGCUUUUGUUCCUGUACAACUGCAGCAGUGAAAUGAAAGCAAAUGUUAUUCACUGUAACUUUAACCAGACCCGUGCUGAAGUAGAGGGUGUAAAGAUGUUUCUGCCUUGUCCUUUGAAAGAAAACUGUCCUGACCUUGCAUGCUGUAGGAGCAGGCUGGAACCCACUGAACAGAGAAGGAUCUUGCCCUCCAGACAGAAUCAACCUCUGCACUUCCCUGUGCUUCAUCCAGCUUCUGCUCUGAGAUUGAUGGUACAAUGGGACUUGUGACUUCCAUGUCUCUGCAUUAGCCUAGCCACUUGCUCUGCAGCCCGGACCACUUUUUGGCCUUCGUGCUUGUCCUAGACUGCAAGGCAAUAUGUGUAUUCUAUUUGCCAUCUGUUAGAGGUGUGGCAGUUAUCUUCUGUUAAUUGGGAAGUUUUCUUUAUCUCUUCCACAUCCUCCCUCCAGGGAGAUAUCUUCUGUUAAUGAUCCAUUGAGUGUCACUGCAUGACUGAUAAAAUUACAUCAUCCCAUUGUGAGAAGCUCCACCCAGAGGGAGGAGCCAAGCAUUCCUAACUGGAUAUAAUCUGAGAUUUUGGGACACCAGAACAGCCUUUCCAAUGGAUUCCCAGAGGACCAGCUGCCUUUUCCACUGGACCUUCAGAGGUAGACCAGGCCCAUCUACACCACCACUGGAUUUUCAGAGGAAAACCACACCCUUUCUGCAGGAUCCCUGUUCCAACAGAACCACACCUGGCACUGCAGGAGGACUGCAGCCACCAUUUAAUGGGACUGCUACCAACACCCUGACCAACAGGGUGUCAGGUCAUAUUCUGACUCUGUCAGUGUUCUUUUGUAUUAC